AUGUUCCCGGGCGCGGAGGGACCUGACGGAGGCCCGGCGCAGGCGCAGAAACUGCUUUGUAACAGGUCACGCCCCUCUCUCUACUCCCUUUCUUAUAUCAAGAGGGGAAAAACACGGAACUACCGCUACCCAAUCUGGUCACCAUUCGCCUAUUACUUCUACUGUUACAAAUACCGGAUCACCCUCCGGGAGAAGAUGCUGCCUUGUUAUAAAAGCAUCAUUUAUAAGGAACAGGAGGACUUGACACUCCGGCCCCGUUCCUGCCUUCAGUGCUCCGAGUCCCUGGUAGGCCUCCAGAUGGGCAGAAGCACCAAGCAGGGUGACCAUGACCAGCUUAAAGAACUGUACUCGGCUGGGAAUUUGACGGUGCUGACUCCUGAUGCUCUGCUCCACCAGGACCCAGUGCAGUUAGACUUCCAUUUCCGCCUCACCCCCCACACCUCUGUCCACUGGCAUGGCCUACUCUGUGACCGUCGACUCUUCCUGGAUAUCCCAUAUCGGGCCUUGGAUCAAGGCAACCAGAAAAGUCUGACUGCAACACUAGAGUACGUGGAGGAGAAAACCAACGUGGACUCCGUGUUUGUAAACUUCCAAAACGACCGGAAUGACAGAGGUUCCCUGCUGCGGGCCUUCAGCUACAUGGGCUUUGAGCUGGUCAGACCAGGUCACCCUGCCCUCCCUCCCUGGGACAAUACCAUCUUUAUGGUGUACCCCCUUGAAAGGGAUCUGGGCCACCUGCCCAGAGAGCCUCCCUGA